AUGAUGUUUCCUCCGGAAAUAUGGGAACAAAUACUUAUAUAUGUCGACUCGGUGGUGCUUAUAAAUUUGAAAAUAGUUUGCAAAUGUUGGAAUGAAAUUAUUAACAAAAUUCUAAAGCAAAGUGAUGUAUGGUAUAAAUUGUGCCAAAAUCAAAUACCUGAACAUUUUUGGACUACCUUGUGUGAGACAUUGUGCCCAAAUCAAUUUUAUGUUAAUUUUCAUGAGAAGAAUGAUGCUAAAUUUUGGAUGGCGGUAUACAAAUUAUGGAUUAAAUGCAAAAAUUUAAUAAAAUGUGAUACACAAAUUACUUGUAUUGAACCACUACUGAAAAAUCCUUCCUCAGAAUAUAUUACAUGUAUAGACACUUGUGGAAGUAUAAUAGCAAUGGGCACAUCAGAGGGUUUUGUUUAUUUUUAUGACAUAAGCAAUUUAUCUAGAAGCACAAAAUGUGUAGUUGAUCACAUGGAAUAUAUAAGAAAAGUACAACUCCUUAGAGAUGGAACAGAUAUUGUUUGUAUAUCUUGUUCUAUAAAUGAUCACAUAACAUUUUGGCAUGUUAAUUCAUUGAAUCUUAUUGAUAGGACCCAUGGAAAAAUAAUUUGUACAAGUUACAGUUUCUGUUAUAUUGCCACAAACAAUAUGAUAAGAAUUGAAGGAUCAAUAGCCAGAACAAUGUAUGAUUUUGGUAGAAAUACCAUCCUUGCUGUUGGUGCAAGUAACAAUAAGGUACUUAUUUAUAUGGAAGGAGGAUAUUAUGUACAUAUAACUUUGGAUGAAGACAAAAGGAAUUAUACUUGUACAUGUGCUCAACCACUAAAUAUGAGAAUUCGUUCUUAUUAUAUAUUUAAAUCAGAUAUAGUUGUCUGUAUUACAGAAUAUGGAUAUUUAGGUUUUUUGGAAAGUGGAAAAGAAUGGAAAGUUCAUAAUGUAUUUCCAAUUUUACAUGGUACACCUACUGCAGUUCUAGUAUAUGCACAUGUACUCAUUGUGGGUUUAGAUUCAGGAAAUGUUCAUAUAUAUUAUAUAAACGAUUUUGGAAAAAUUAAUUUCAACAUUACCAACUCCAAGAAAUUGACGCUCGACACUACUGCUGUUAUUUCGUUGAAUAUAAUGGUUCACGUCGAGGAAUUUUUAUAUUUAAUUGUUGCUUACAGUAAAAAAUUCUACAUCGUUAAGUUUAUUUAA